AUGACCGUUGCCAAGUGUUUUUGGUCUGCCAUCUUCAACUUUCAGUCUCUUCUUCUCGUAGUCUUGCUCUUGAUCUGUACAUGUACAUAUGUUAGAGCUCAGGCUCCUUCUUUGAUGGACCGCAACAAAACUGGUGUAUUGGGUCUGUUUUGGAAAGCAUCUCGUGUAGGCGAGAGGUUGAGCCCUUAUGUAUCUCUUGCUUGCAUUAUCAUGGGCAUUUCUAUCAUGACUUCUUAA